AUGGCUUCUCUUCACGCGUUUCGAUUCCAAAGGAGCAUGUGGCAGUCUGUACAAUUUCGGCCAAUACGCUCGUUUAGCAUGUCCAGAGCAAGAUCUGGCGAAAAUCCAGAGAAGGCAGCAAAUGUACAUGAACCCAAUGGCCUUGAUCCGGCCAAUUUUGAAAAGAUUCUCUCAGCGCCAACAUGGUCUGUCGAAUCGCUCUUACCACCUAAAACGCGCGCGCCCGAUGCCCCACGUGUCUCGUCACAGCAACUUCACCACCUUCUCCGGCUGUCAGCGCUUCCGCCACCAGAGUCGCCUGAACAAGAGCAGAAGAUGCUGGAAACGCUAGCAGCGCAACUGCAUUUUGUGGGCAAGAUACAAGAGGUGGACACAACAGAUGUGACGCCAUUGCGAGCUCUGAGAGACGAGACGAAGCAGGCAGAAGAGGAACAGACUAUCUCCUUGGACACGCUGAAGGAGGCGUUGAGCAAGGAGAAGGUCAUAGGGGUGCACCAUAAGCGCAUACAGAGGGACACGACACCUGUGGACGCUAGCGAUGUUGAGAACUGGGAUGUUCUUGGUUCUGCAGAACGCAAAUCUGGCAAAUACUUCGUAGUCGAGAGCGAGCGUCCGCAGGAAUGA